CUGCCACGCCGUGUUCACACCGCGCGCACAGCUCUGGCUUUCGUGGAGGCGAAUUCGAGCUCCCUCGCGGAUUCGCGGCAGCAAACUCCAAUUGGGUUCGACGUAGUGUUCCCUUCCAUGAUCCAAACGUGUGUUCGAGAUUUCAAUCUGAGUCUCCCGAUUGAUGCCGCGCACGUCGAGAACAUGAUCCGCGAUAGGGAAAUUGCGCUCGUGACCGGUCAGAAUCGCGACACCCGUGGUCGAAACGCCUACCUGGCCUACAUCUCAGAAGGAAUCGGGAACUCGUCGACUCGAGCUUGGGAAACGGCCAUGAAAUUCCAGAGGAAGAACGGUUCGCUUCUCAACUCGCCAUCAGCGACGGCCGCGGCUUUUGUUCGCCUUCAGGACGCAGGGGCACUUCGCUACCUCCAGUCACUGGUUCACAAUAAUACGGCUGAUCACGCAGUUGGAGCUCCAGCAGUUUCCCCUCACCAAAUUCAUGCCCGGCUCUGUCUGAUUGAUGCUGUGGAGAGUCUGGGGAUCGAUCGCCACUUUGUGGAAGAAAUUCAGACGAGCUUGGAUGAGAUCUACAAAUGCUGGCAGCAGGGAGAAGAAGAGAUAUUCCUCGACGCCACAACUUGUGCCAUGGCAUUUCGGAUAUUACGCCUCAAUGGACGCCAAGUCACGCCUGACGUGUUUGAUCGAUUCGCAGAGGGUCGAUUCUGGACCGAUACGAUGGAAGGGUAUUUGAAGGAUAAGAAAGCAGUGUUGGAGCUGCACAAAGCGGCCAGAAUCAAUGGCUGUCACGGUUCAACCAUCCUUGAAAGCCAGCAGAUGUGGACAGCCAAGUUCCUAACACAGAAAGACAAGCAGGAAGAAGAAGAAGAAGAAGAAGUAGAACAAUGA